AUAUCUUCUCUAAAUGCACAUGCUGAAAGAAGUUAAAAGUUAUGUAAGUUUGGUUUGUCAAAACACUUAGCUUAAUGUUGAAUCUGAAUGUAAACAUGUGUGUUGAUUUACAUUGGCAGUGAUCUAUUGUCUAUUUCUAUAUUUAAAUAACAUCUAGUGUUUAAUACUACAAAUAUUAAUUGUUUUUUAACAGAAUGAGUUUGGUGUUUGGGAGAUCUUUUGGCCUAAUAAUGCUGAUGGUUCACCACCAAUUCCCCAUGGUUCUCAAGUGAAGAUGCAGGAGCCAAUAAUUAGCACAUAUGCCAACUUCGGAGAUGAUGUGCUUCCCCAUAUUAAAAGACUUGGAUAUAAUGUUGUUCAAAUCAUGGCUAUUCAAGAGCACUUGUAUUAUGCUAGAUUUGGGUAUCAUGUGACAAACUUCUUUGCACCAAGCAGCCAUUUUGGAACCCUUGAUGAUCGUAAGUCACUGAUAGAUAGGGCUCACGAGUUGGGUCUACUUGUUCUUAUGGAUAUUGUGCACAGGUACAAAGGUUUCAUCUUUCAAAUGCAAGAUGGUGGCUGGAAGAAUACAAGUUUGAUGGAUUCAGAUUUGAUGUUGUGACUUCAAUGAUGUACACCUAUCAUGGGUUGCAGUUAAUAUCUGA